AUGUCAGCUCCUGCACCUCUCCCGUUUUCUUUCCCCACUGGGUUGACUUCGCCUCAGCCGUUCAAUAUAUCGGUCAAUCAAGACUUUAUUGAGCAGACCCAGGCCAAAGUCAAAACGUGGCGUUCACCCCGUGUUCUUUCCACCAACUGGACAAAUGAAGGGCCUUCAACAGAUGCACUCGACGAGAUUGCCCAGUACUGGUCCAAUGAAUAUGAUUGGCUGUCAGUUCAGGAUCGCAUCAAUAAAGAGGGCAACCACUACGCAACUUCGGUCGUAAGCGACCGGAAUUAUACUGCCGCCGUUCCGCUGCACUUUGUACACCACCGAUCUACCAAGUCCGAUGCCCUUCCUCUCCUCCUCCUGCACGGCUGGCCCUCUUCCUACCUCGAAUGGUCCAAAGUCAUUGAUCCCCUUGUCAAUAAUGUCGACACACCUUUUCACGUUGUCGCGCCUGACCUGCCGGGCUUCGGGUUCAGUCCGGCUCCUUCACAGCCUGAUCUUACUCCUCGUGAGAGCGGACGAAUCAUGGAUGGUCUAAUGAAACAGCUUGGUUACACGACAUACGGUAUUGUCAGCACUGACCUGGGCUGGUUAGUCGCUAUGUGGAUGGUUGGCGAUGCUGAGGAAAGUGUUAUUGGACACAUGACUGAUUUCUUUCUCGCGCCACCCACCGAGGAGGAUCUGGGCCGCUUGGCACGAAAUGAGACGAGCGACGAAGAGGCUACUUACAUGCGGGCUUCUAAUGAGUGGUAUUCGUCCCACUCGGCGUACAUGACCAUUCAUGCUCAGAAGCCUUUGGCCUUGUCUCUUGCGCUUACGGAUAGCCCUGUUGGGUUUCUGGGCUGGAUGUGGGAUCUUGUUCACGCUGUCUCGGAUGGUUACAAGUAUACUUAUGAGAACCUUAUCACGGACGCAAUGAUGUUGUUCAUCCCCGGUCCCUACGCCAACAUUCGAUCGUAUCUCGAGGCACUCAAGCCCGGCAUGAUGGACUACCCGAAAAGCAUGGUUCCGACUGGUGUCACGGAAUGGGGCAACCCCAAUGGACCAUUUCCUGAAUUGGCCGCCUUUUCUCUCGCGCCCCGAAGCUGGAUCGAGAGGGUCUCGAAUGUUGUGUAUUUUACUAGGCACGAGACUGGGGGCCAUUUCCCCGCAGUAUCGCAGCCUAAGGAAUGGCUUAAGGAUGUCAGAAGUUUCUUCUCUGAACUUCACCAAGGAUGA